AUGUCUGAUCUCACGACCACAGUGCUGAAAACGCUUGCCGAGGGCCCCAUCGCUGACUCGCGGGUGGCCUUCCCCGCCCAUACCACCGCCCAGUUGCAGGGCACGCUGCAGAGUCUUGCCGGCCGAGAAAUGGUGACCUACAAGGCCGUGGAGGAGGACAAGUGGGAGCUUACUGAGGAGGGCAAGGAGAUUGUGUCGCUGGGCUCGCACGAGUACCGCCUCUAUGAGGAGGUGUGCAAGGGUCUGGAGGGUUUGGAGCUGGCUGACGUGGCAUCCAAGCUGGGAGCGUCGGGCAAAAUUGGCCAGCAGCGGGCUUUCAAGAACGGCUGGGUCAAGAAGGAGGGCUCCAAGCUGAUCAAGAGCAGCGACAGCGUGACUGACAAGACCGCCGAGGAUCUUAAGACCAUUGAGUCCACGGGCACCCUGGGAGACGCCAAGGAGCUGCAAGAUCUUAAGAAGCGAAAGCUGAUCACUAAGGUCAAGCAGGUGUGGUUUGAGAUUGAAAAGGGCCCCGAGUUUGCGCUUACCGUCAAGGAGUACGCCACCGACGUGACAACCGACAUGAUCCAGAGCGGCGCCUGGAAGGACGCGGCAUUCAAGCCCUACAACUUUGCCGCCGAGGGAGUCCAGCCCCAGUCCGGAGCGUUCCAUCCUCUCAACAAGGUGCGGGAGGAGUUCCGACAGAUUUUCUUCUCGCUGGGCUUCUCCGAAAUGCCCACCAACCAGUACGUGGACUCUGGGUUCUGGAACUUUGACACGCUGUUUGUGCCCCAGAAGCACCCCGCACGAGACCUCCAGGACACCUUCUACGUCAAGGAUCCCAAGGAGGCGGGUCUCCCCGAAGACAUGGAGUACUGGAACAAUGUCAAGAAGGUUCACGAGGACGGAGCCUACGGCUCCAUCGGAUACCGGUACGACUGGAAGCCUGAGGAGGCCCAGAAGCUAGUGCUGCGAACCCACACCACUGCGGUGUCGGCCAAGAUGCUGCACCAGCUCGCCAAGGACCCCAAGCCUUCCAAGCUCUUUUCCAUUGACCGAGUGUUCCGAAACGAGGCUGUGGAUGCCACCCAUCUGGCUGAGUUCCAUCAGGUGGAGGGAGUGGUUGCCGACUACAACCUGACUCUCGGAGACCUGAUUGGCUUCAUGCAGAUGUUCUUUUCGCAGAUGGGCGUCAAGCAGCUGCGGUUCAAGCCCGCCUACAACCCCUACACCGAGCCGUCGCUGGAGAUUUUCUCCUGGCACGAGGGUCUCGGCAAGUGGGUCGAAAUUGGAAACUCAGGUAUGUUCCGACCGGAAAUGCUGGAGGCCAUGGGUCUGCCCAAGGACCUGCGAGUUCACGGCUGGGGUCUAUCGCUGGAGCGACCCACUAUGAUCAAGUAUGGCGUCUCAAACAUUCGAGAGCUGCUCGGUCAUAAGGUAUCUCUGGACUUUGUGGAGAACAACCCUGCUGUGCGAUUGGAUGAGGGUCUCAACUAA